CAAACCGCAACUAAACCCCCCAAAGCCAACUUCUCUCUGUCGACUCGUAGUAGUAUUUCAGUAAUGUCAGGGGAGGAGGGGAACGACAACAAGGAGACAUCUUCUCCGCAGAAAACAACUGCUAAGAAGCAGCAAUUAUGCUGCAUAUGUAAUCAGAAAAGACCUGCUCUUAAGAGACCCAAAACCCUAGAACAGAUAUGUAAGGAGUGUUUUUAUGAUGUAUUUGAAGAAGAGAUACACCGUGUUAUAGUUGAGAAUCGUCUAUUUAAAGCUGGUGAACGUAUUGCUAUUGGAGCCUCUGGUGGUAAAGAUUCCACUGUUCUUGCUUAUGUACUAUCUGAGUUGAAUCGGCGGCACAAUUAUGGGUUGGAUCUUUUUCUAUUAUCUAUAGAUGAAGGUAUUACAGGGUAUAGAGAUGAUUCUCUUGAAACAGUCAAGAGAAAUGAAAUUCAGUAUGGAUUACCGCUUAAAGUGGUCUCAUAUAAGGAUUUGUAUGGAUGGACAAUGGAUGAAAUUGUGAAGAUGAUUGGAUUGAAAAACAAUUGUACCUUUUGUGGGGUGUUUCGUCGCCAGGCUCUUGAUCGAGGUGCUACGUUGUUGAAAGUGGACAAGCUUGUUACUGGGCAUAAUGCAGAUGAUAUUGCUGAAACCGUCCUCUUAAACAUCUUACGCGGUGACAUUGCCAGAUUAGGUAGAUGCACAGCUAUCACAACUGGUGAAGAUGGACCAAUUCCAAGAUGCAAGCCGUUCAAAUAUACGUAUGAAAAGGAGAUUGUUAUGUAUGCAUAUUUCAAGAGGCUUGAUUACUUCUCCACAGAAUGCAUUUAUUCACCUAAUGCAUACCGUGGGUUUGCUCGUGAAUUUAUUAAAGAUUUGGAAAGAAUGAGACCGCGAGCUAUACUUGAUAUAAUUAGAUCUGGUGAGAAUUUUAGGAUAGCCGUUUCAACAAAAAUGCCAGAGCAGGGAAUAUGCGAGCGCUGUGGUUAUAUUUCUAGUCAGGAAAUGCACAGAUUGUAUCAACUUGCAGUCCAGUUUUAAUUGUGCUGGAGUUUCAGCUUUCCGUAGAUGAUUCAGCUCAGGCAUAGAACCUUUUGUCUUUUGACCUUUGUUCUUUAUGGAACAGUCAACAUAAGCCUACGAUCCUAUACUUGAAGUCGUAGCUGGGUUCUUAGGUGUCAGCCUUAAAAUUAGGUUGUGCACUGCUUAACUUUCUACUAUUUGGAAUUAGGAUGAUCUUAGAUCUACCUGCUGUCUAAACCAUUUUAGCAAUUCUAUGAAACGUGAAUGGGUUAGUGAAGGCACUGUAUCUACGUAUAGUUUUAUAGUCGACUUAUGGUAUAAUAAGAAACUCCUAUUCCCUUAUCCAAGUGUAUAUACUGUAUAACAUGGUUGCAGAAAUGGUGCAAAGCAUGUGUUUUGCUGGAUGGACUGAAUCGAGGUUUACCCAAGCUUGGAAUUGGACGAAGCCGAGGGGUUAACAGACAGAAGGAAGUAGAGCAAACAAAUGGAACGAAAAGUAUAGAGAGCAAACAGUGUG